GACGCGCGGGGCUGCUGCGGCUGCUCCGCCGGCGGAUCAUCACUCUCGAGCUGGGAUGGACGCGGGGCGGGCGGGCCCUGGCGCGCAGAGCCAGGAGUCCGGGCCUCCUGGCUACUGAGCAUUUCCCAAAGCCUCGCCUAGCCCUUGCCUUCCUUCCUAGGAGCCGCACCGACCUCUGCCUCGAGGCUCGGGACUCGGCCCCCGCCCUCUUCUGACUCCCCGGAUCUCCCUCUCCCGCCCGCCCUCGGGAUCGACUAGAUCCCUCCCCCUCCCCGAGGAUUCCGGCUGGAUCCCUGCCCCUGCACCGCGGAUUCUGCGCUCCGGGGCUCCGGGCCCCUAGGGAUUGCCGUGGACUCCUCCUCCAGCACCCGAUCCCUUAGGAUCUGUCGCCUGAACCGCCUCCUGGUCCCUCGAAGCCAUCCCAGAGAGCCAGUGGAUAUCCAAUCUAGUCCUGUCCCAUUGCUCCCUCCUGGCUCAGCCUUCCCCACUGCGGGGUUCCCUGUUCUUGAGCUCCCUCUGACCCUAUACCCUAGAUUUCCUUUUCCUGGGGAUCGACUGGAUCCCGGCCCCGCCCCCCGGGGCUGGGGCGAUCCCCCUCCCCCGCCGGGUGAGGCGCUGCAGGCGGGGGCUGGGCCUGCGGGGCCGCGGGGGCUCAGAGGCCGCCGCCCCCCUUCUGAAACCCGUCCGCCCCCCACUCGGAGCCCUGGAUGGAAGCACCACGGCCCCAGGGCUGAUCCAGGUCGGGCCUCCCAGCACCUUCUUCUACCUUCUUCCCCUUCCCCACCCCUUACCCCCUCCAUGGAGAGAAAUAGACUCCUCUACUGUCCCUUCUAACCCAGGUCCCUACCCGUCCCCCUCCUCCUUCCUUUCCCCGCCCCCUCCUCCCUCCUGGGGCGAGGGGGGCCUCCCUCCCUCUCCCCCCCUUCUCUCUCUCCGAGGGGGGGGUCAGGGGAGGGAGGGGGGGUCCCCCAAUCAGCAUGUGGCUCCUGGCGUUGUGUCUGGUGGGGCUGGCUGGGGCUCAACGGGGAGGAGGGGGUCCCGGCGGCGGCGCCCCGGGCGGCCCAGGCCUGGGCCUCGGCAGCCUCGGGGAGGAGCGCUUCCCCGUGGUGAACACAGCCUACGGGCGAGUGCGCGGUGUGCGGCGCGAGCUCAACAACGAGAUCCUGGGCCCGGUCGUGCAGUUCUUGGGCGUGCCCUACGCCACGCCGCCCUUGGGCGCCCGCCGCUUCCAGCCGCCUGAGGCACCUGCCUCGUGGCCCGGCGUGCGCAACGCCACCACCCUGCCGCCCGCCUGCCCGCAGAACCUGCACGGGGCCCUGCCGGCCAUCAUGCUGCCUGUGUGGUUCACCGACAACUUGGAGGCGGCCGCCACCUACGUGCAGAACCAGAGCGAGGACUGCCUGUACCUCAACCUCUACGUGCCCACUGAGGACGGUCCGCUCACAAAAAAACGUGACGAGGCGACGCUCAAUCCGCCAGACACAGAUAUCCGGGACUCUGGGAAGAAACCAGUCAUGCUGUUUCUACACGGCGGCUCCUACAUGGAAGGCACCGGGAACAUGUUCGACGGCUCAGUCCUGGCUGCCUAUGGCAAUGUCAUCGUAGUCACACUCAACUACCGUCUUGGGGUGCUCGGUUUUCUCAGCACUGGUGACCAAGCUGCAAAAGGCAACUAUGGGCUCCUGGACCAGAUCCAGGCCCUGCGCUGGCUCAGUGAAAACAUUGCCCACUUUGGAGGUGACCCUGAACGCAUCACAAUCUUUGGAUCUGGUGCAGGGGCCUCCUGUGUCAACUUGUUGAUCCUCUCCCACCACUCAGAAGGACUGUUCCAGAAGGCCAUUGCUCAGAGUGGUACUGCCAUUUCCAGCUGGUCUGUCAACUACCAGCCGCUCAAGUACACGCGGCUGCUGGCGGCCAAAGUGGGCUGUGACCGAGAGGACAGCACCGAAGCUGUGGAGUGUCUGCGCCGGAAGUCUUCCCGGGAGCUAGUGGACCAGGAUGUGCAGCCUGCCCGCUACCACAUUGCCUUUGGGCCUGUGGUGGACGGCGACGUAGUCCCUGACGACCCCGAGAUCCUCAUGCAACAGGGAGAGUUCCUCAAUUACGACAUGCUCAUUGGUGUCAACCAGGGAGAGGGUCUUAAGUUCGUGGAAGACUCUGCAGAGAGUGAGGACGGUGUGUCUGCCAGCGCCUUUGACUUCACCGUCUCCAACUUUGUGGACAACUUGUACGGGUACCCGGAAGGCAAGGACGUGCUUCGCGAGACCAUCAAGUUCAUGUACACGGACUGGGCUGACCGGGACAAUGGCGAGAUGCGACGGAAGACCCUGCUGGCGCUCUUUACCGACCAUCAGUGGGUCGCCCCGGCAGUGGCCACCGCCAAGCUGCAUGCCGACUACCAGUCCCCCGUCUACUUUUACACUUUCUACCACCACUGCCAGGCUGAGGGCCGGCCAGAGUGGGCAGACGCAGCGCACGGGGAUGAGCUGCCCUACGUCUUCGGUGUGCCCAUGGUGGGUGCCACUGACCUCUUUCCCUGCAACUUCUCCAAGAAUGACGUCAUGCUCAGCGCGGUAGUCAUGACCUACUGGACCAACUUCGCCAAGACUGGUGACCCCAACCAGCCUGUGCCACAGGACACCAAGUUCAUCCACACCAAGCCCAACCGCUUUGAAGAGGUAGUGUGGAGCAAGUUCAACAGCAAGGAAAAGCAGUACCUGCACAUAGGCUUGAAACCGCGCGUGCGCGACAACUACCGUGCCAACAAGGUGGCCUUCUGGCUGGAGCUCGUGCCCCACCUGCACAACCUGCACACAGAGCUCUUCACCACCACCACUCGCCUGCCUCCCUAUGCCACACGCUGGCCACCUCGCACACCCGGUCCCGGCACUUCCGGCACACGCCGUCCUCCCCCACCCGCCACUCUGCCACCUGAGUCUGAUAUUGACCUAGGCCCAAGGGCCUAUGACCGCUUCCCGGGUGACUCGAGGGACUACUCCACGGAGCUAAGCGUGACUGUGGCAGUGGGUGCCUCCCUCCUCUUCCUCAACAUCCUUGCCUUUGCCGCCCUCUACUACAAGCGGGACCGGCGCCAGGAGCUGCGGUGCCGGCGGCUUAGCCCACCAGGAGGCUCAGGCUCAGGUGUGCCUGGUGGGGGCCCCCUGCUUCCCACUGCUGGCCGCGAGCUACCCCCGGAGGAGGAGCUGGUGUCACUGCAGCUGAAGCGGGGUGGUGGUGUUGGGGCGGACCCUGCUGAGGCCCUGCGCCCUGCCUGUCCACCCGACUAUACCCUGGCCUUGCGCCGGGCACCGGACGAUGUGCCUCUCUUGGCCCCCGGGGCCCUGACCCUGCUGCCUAGUGGCCUGGGGCCCCCACCCCCGCCCCCACCCCCUUCUCUCCAUCCCUUUGGGCCCUUCCCACCCCCGCCCCCUACUGCUACCAGCCACAACAACACGCUACCCCAUCCCCACUCCACCACUCGGGUAUAGGGGGCGGCUUGGGGAGGUCUGCCUCCCUAGCCCCCCCAGCCCAGGCCACUUGAAGGCAGGGAGGAGGACUUGGCACCGGGCUUUACCCCCGUGGAUUUGUCAGACUUCGUGGAGCAGUGUUGAGGUGGACUUGGGAUUCCUCAUUGGAAAGAGUUUUUCCCAUGCAGAGAGCCCCAUUAUCUCCUCUGGACCUGGGCCUUCGAACACCUGGGGGGUAUUUUUUGCCCUCCGUUGGGACACCAGUCUUCGGUGUGUGGAAAUGUGGAAGUCCUUUUGCCCAUGUGAAGACAUGCUUUCCUCAUGGGGGGUGUUUUCCCAUGUGCAGGGUGAGGUUUGUUUGGUUUUUUGUUUUUGUUUGUUUGGGUUUCUCUCUCUCUUUUUUUUUUUUUUUUUUUUUUUUGGUUUUUUUUUUUUGGUUUUUUGGGGUUUUUUUGUUGUUGUUGUUUUGCUGCCCUGGACACAUGUUUGCCUCCUCAAAGAAUUUCUGCGGGGAUCUGUACCCCAUGCCUUCGUCUUCUCCUCCCCAUUCAACUCCCUGGAGACCCGGGAAGUGAUGUGUGCACAUCCGGUGACCCUUGGCCACCAGACAAUAUAGGGAGGUACCUGGGGAGCAGCAAGGAAAUCACAGGCCCCCUGGACCCCGCUCCCCACCCACCCACCCCUGAAAAGCAUGUUUCCCCCCCACCAUGGCACAAGUCGGGUGAAGCACGUUCUCCCUGGAAGCCCUCACCUUCCGCGGACGACACAGAUUUCCUGCUAGAGGAAAGGGAGGAUUUCUGUGCAUCCCAGCACUGCCUGGAAACUUACCUUCCCAUGAUCCAGGACACAUUUCAUCGAAUGGAAACAUGUUCUUGCAUGUGGAUGUGUGUUUCCCAGGCAGAGGGUCCUGUGCUCCCCAGCACUCCCCUGCCCUCUCCCACACCUCAGGUCCAGCGCACACUUCCUCCUUGCAUAGCAGGUGGGAACAGACUUCAAACGGACAGAAGCCACGUGGGAAGUACAGACGUGGAGGGCGAUGCCGAGGUGGGGGGACAGGAGGGCAUGGCACAUGUCACACACGAGGCCAUGCAUGUUUAACCUAAGCCCUCGGGGCCUGAGGACAGCCUUUUCCUCAGUCCUUGAGAUCAUUGCUCAUCCGUGCCAAACUGGGUAGAUGGGUUGGGAGACUCGAAAUGUGCCAAGGAUCCCCUACGUUCUAGUCCAGGGAAGGGAAACGCCAGGAGCAGGUGGCAGCUAAGGUGGUCCCCCGCACCCCUCCCACGUGUGUCUCACCCCCAUGUCAUUUCUCCUUCUCUGCCUUGGUUCCUCUUUCUCCAUCACUGGCUCCUUCUUUGAUGCUCUCUCCCCAUCUCAGGGUCAGACCAGCCUUCUCUCUUCACCUUCUUUAACCUGUCUCCCCUCCCUGAUUGGUUGAGUUGAAGAAGAAAGGAAGUGGAGGAGGUGGGGAGGGGAGGAGUCAGGGGAAAAGGUUACACGGAAAGGCUGGGGAGAGAAUGAGGUCAGCUGUACCAAGGAGCAGAUGGAGGGGCCGUGGGGGACAGGGCAGACACCAGCAGGAAGAUUUUGAGAGGAAAUGUGGGAGGCAGCUGCCCAGAGGUCUUUGGAUUUGGACCUCUUAGGGAAAAGAACGCUGUCGGGAAGGGUUUUAAGGGACACCAGUGGAGGUGUGGCUGAAUCUUCAUGUAUUGUUUGGCUUUCUGAGGGAUGUUAGUGCCAAACUUGUGUAGGGGUGGGGUGCUGUCUUCCACUGACACCCUGAUCCAGAAUCCUCGGUCUUGAGUCCCUGUCCUUUCUCCAUCCCCCCAUGGAAAUGUAGUUCUUUUCUGGCCCUUUCCCCUGCCUGGUCUAGCAAUUCUUGGAACAGCCAUGCCUUCCAAAUGCUAUCAACCUGGGCCCUGAGCCCUGUAAGCAGAUGCCCCAGAGCUGGGGCGUGAGAGAGGGGCUGGGGGACCCCAUGAUACAGCCACGGACUCCAAUGCCCGGCCCCUUUCCAAAUAAUCCCACGCCCCCACCCCAACCCUUUGCGGCUCUGUACACAUUUUUAAACCUGGCAAAAGAUGAAGAGAAUAUUGUAAAUAUAAAAGUUUAACUGUU